AUGCUCACUCUACUUUCACGAUGUCGAUUCGCUCCCUCCCUUCCUCACUUCACACCUUCAAGAACCAAAAUUAGGGUUAGCGAACUCUCUUUCCCCUCCCAUAUCGCAACUCGAUCACUAACUCAACGGGGGUCCAGCUCAAUGAGUCAACCCACCGCCGAGUCAGAACCCAAUUCACAAAACGAAGAGAAGAAAGCAGGGAAUUUAGAUGACGUGCUGGUGCAGUAUGUGGUGUUGAGGAGAGACUUAAUAGACACGUGGCCGAUGGGGAGUGUAGUGACACAGGGAUGCCAUGCCUCUGUUUCUGCUAUUUGGUCACAUAAGGAGGAUCCACAUACUCUUCAGUAUUGUAGCCCUGAAAAUAUUGAUUCUAUGCAUAAGGUUACUCUGGAGGUGAAACAAGAACAUCAAAUCUUGAACUUGUCUGAGAAGCUCAAAGCUGGAGGUAUUGCUCAUAAACUCUGGGUUGAACAACCUGAAAAUAUUCCUACUUGUCUUGCCACGAAGCCCUAUCCUAAAUCUGUUGUAGCACUGUUCUUUAAAAAGUUGAAACUUUGCAAGUGA